AUGUUCUCAUCCAGGAUAGUCUCUCUGGUAUGUGACAGAGUGAAGACUUCACUUUCUGUUGGGCACCAGUCCAUCUUUCAGGUUAGAACUGCCACGAAAAGAGCCGGUGGUUCCAGAACGCAUAUGAAAGACUCUGCAGGUAGACGUCUUGGCCCUAAGAAACACGAGGGGGAAUCAGUCAACGUUGGAGAGAUCAUAAUGAGGCAACGUGGAACAAGAUGGUAUCCGGGUGAAAAUGCUGGAAUUGGAAAAGAUCAUACCAUUUUCGCCCUGGAACCAGGAUUUGUUAGAUAUUACCUAGAUCCUUUCCAUCCGAAGCGCAAAUUCAUCGGAGUCGUGUUGCGUGAGGGUGACAAACUUCCAUAUCCUCACUUUGACGCAAGAAAGAGACGAUUUGGUCGUCAUUUGAUCAAAAAGCCAGAAGCGGCCAAAGCCGAGCUCGAGUUUCAAAGCCGUAAGGAGUCUCAAACGCUUCCUGAGUUGUUGAAAAGUGUUGAAGAACGUCAACAGAAACGCGAGGCUAGACUUGUGCAGUUGAAAGAGCAGCUCUCUCAAUUUAUGGAGCUUGAGUCGGAGGAAUUGAAAAACCUGGCUGCUGGUAGACUGCUGCAAAUUGACAGAUUCUUGAGAGGUGGCAAGUCGCAGGAAGACGCUCAAUUCCACACCACCUACAAUCAUCUGUAUGACUUGAAGUUGCAACUACGGAGAAAUGAGAUCUCGCAAGAGCAGUACGACAUAUUGUCGAGCCAGUACAAGUCAUUAGCUGAGUCAGUGGACUCCAACAUCAUGUUCGAUGCAUUUUUUGAGCUCUGUGCGUACAAGACCCCAGAACAAAUCAAAUCAAAUCAGGACGCUGCCAUUGCCGAACUCGAUAAAUUGGUAAUUCCUAACCAACCUCGCACGAAAGAACUGAAAGAUCAGGUAUAUGCGAUCCUCAGAAGCCAGGACAAUUGCUUCACUCUUUCCCAACAAUUAGCCUUGAAGCGCAAAUAUUUGAAACCUGUGCUGCCUGAGGUGGACGGGCUGGUGCUACACAAGCCAGAUAAGGAAGCCGUUGCUAUCACAAGAAUCAACUAUGACACAGGCAGGAUCGAAACUGUGUACCGUCCGAAAGAGGCGUUUUUACCAUAA